UUAGGUCACUUCCUGGAGGUUGGACUGGGCCUGUAGCCGGUCCCAUGGCGGAGUGAAGCGACCGGGCUCGGAACGAGCGGUGGGGGGUAAUCUAGGUGAACAUGUCCAAGCUUCCAAGCAAAGACUCUUCAUUCCGUGAGCGAUUCAAAAGCAUUCUGGGUAUUGGCACCCGUAUUAGCACCAAACAAACUGAAUGCAAGCCAACGGAGUUCAUAAUCACUUUGGAAAUACUAAAGGAUCUGAGUAUAGAGAGUGGACUUUACAAUAGAAUAAAAACUAUUGGACAUGUUUGUGAACUUGCUAGGACCAGGAAAUUUGAAGAGCAUGCAGUGGAGGCUGUGUGGCAGGCUGUCUUUGACUUGAUGUCUGAUGAACAGCCCUCAGAAGCCAGGCAUGCAGUACUACACUUAAUGAAAGCUAUUAUUCAGGGACAGGGGGAAAGGCUUGGACCAAUGAGGGCACACUUUUUCCGUGUUAUCAAGGAUUACCCUAUGAACGGUGAUCUACAGGAGAGACUAGAAGUCUUCAAAGCACUAACAGAAAAUGGAAAAGACAUCACCUAUUUUGAAGAAGACUUGUCCUUAUUUGUUCUCAAGUGGUUAGAAAUUGGUCUGACGGUGGAGUUUCUGGAAGUUCUGGUCAAUCUCGUCAAGUUCAACAGUUGCUACUUGGAUCAGAUUGUGGACCAGAUUGUGCAUAAGAUCUGUGUCCUCUGUAAUCUGACUACAGUGCCAACAGAUAUAGAGGUCUCCUUGCAAGUCCUUGAUGCCGUUGUCUGCUACAACUCUUUGCCCUCAGAGUCCCUCCCUGGAUUUAUCAUAACACUUUGUCAUACAGUGAAUGUCAAGGAGUUCUGUGAAUCUUGUUGGAAGCUGAUGCGAAAAGUCCUGGGAACUCACUUGGGACACAGUGCAAUUUAUACAAUGUGUCGCAUUAUGGAAGAUAAAAGGCACAUGGAUGAUGCAGCCUUGUUGAGAGGUGCAGUAUUUUUUGUUGGAAUGGCUCUCUGGGGUGCACAUCGUCUCACUACCCUGAAGAGUACCCCAACAUCUGUUUUACCCUCUUUUUAUAAGGCUAUGACAAGUGCUAAUGCUGUAGUGUCCUAUGAAAUAGUUCUGUCCAUCACUCGAUUAAUUAAAAAGUAUGGAAAAGAAUUGCAGGUAGUUACCUGGGAACAACUUCUGGAUAUUAUUGAGCGAUUACUUCAGCAAAUUGAGACACUGGGUAGUAACGAACUGUCUGUUAUUGUGCAUGAGCUGCUAACCACAAUAGAAGAGUUGUAUGAACAAAAAGAUUAUCAUGGUCCUCAGGAACGAUUAUUUGCACUGAUUGAAAAGUGUUCCAAUAAAAGGCCGGAGAUGUCAGUCCUUACACUAGUGUCAUACCGGGCUCAGUCAGUUCAUCCUGCCAAACACUGCUGGAUUCAGAAUCUGCAGAAACUAAUGGAGAAGUUCUUCAAGAAUGAAAGUCGAAGCGCCAUUCGCAAGAAAGCACUUCAUGUCCUGCUAUUUAUUUUGAGCAUUAAUAGACAAUUAUAUGAAGAGGAGUUAAUUGAAGCUGUGGUGAUCCCUCAGCUGGGGCACAUUGCAGAGGAUAAGGACCAUGUGGUACGGAGACUGGCUGCGCAACUGCUAGUAGACCUGGCAGUGGACUGUAACACUCCUCAGUUUAACAGCCUCUUGGACAUUAUCGAAAAGAUUAUUAAUCGGCCACUCAUCGAUCCAUCUGUGGAAACAGCGGAAAGCAGUUUUUCACACGAUUCUAUGCUGGAGGAUGUGAAGACUGCUGUUUUGGGUCUUCUAGUAAUUCUGCAGACCAAAUUGUACUGUUUGCCCGCCAGCCAUGCACGUCGAGUCUAUGAACUUCUGAUAAGCCACAUACGGUCACAUUACCAGCAGAUGUACACAUCUGCUAUCGCCAGCAGUAUUCGCCUACAGGUAUUUAAUUUUUUUCUGCAGCUUCGAGCAGACUCUCUCUUUCGCAUUGGAGUGCCAAACAAGGACAUGAUAGUGAGGUUCAGCCCCUAUUGUCUCUGUGGAAGCAGUGAUUCUGAGAAGAAAGGACAAGGUACAGUUUCUCCUCCAGCGGGAAGUCCUGCCACAGCUCAGAGUACCAGUAUUAGGCUGGGUCAUUUGCCUUUUUCACUUGCCUUUAAUGCAGUUCUCCAGUGUCUUGAGCAUGAGACGGACUGGACCGUGCUGAAACUAGUGUUAGAUAAGCUACCAGAAUUGCUGAGGUACAAGGGACUGAUACUGACCUCUCCUUGCAGCAUGGAUCAGCUCUGCUCUGCUCUCUGUACCAUGGUCACUGACCGCCAGUUGCCAGAGCGACUAAAGAAUGUACCUGAGGGUUUCUCUCGCACAGAUGUACAGUUGGUGGUGGUUCCUGUGCUGACGGUCAUCACCUCUUACCAUGUUUACUUGGACCAGACCAAACAGCGUGAGUUUGUUCACUGCCUUGAUACUGGGCUGAUCUACCGUUGUGCCAAACAAUGUGUGGUGACGUUGACCAUGUGCAUCAUCGAGAUGCCAGAUAUCAUGGUUAAACUGCUUCCGGGCAUCAUUCUCAAGCUGACGCACAUCUCAGCCACACUCACCAUGGCCAUCCCUAUGCUGGAGUUCCUAUCAACCUUGGUGAGAAUUCCUCCUCUUUAUGCCAACUUUGUGGCCGAACAGUAUGUCAGUGUUUUUGCUAUCUCGUUACCUUACACCAACCCUUUCAAAUUCAACCAGUAUAUAGUAUCCCUAGCACACCAUGUGAUAGCCAUGUGGUUUAUUCGAUGUCGGCUCGUGUUCAGGAAGGACUUCGUGCGAUACAUUACAAAAGGUCUCAGAUCAAAUGCCUUGCUGCCAUUCGAGGACACGCAUGAACCCACCAGCUUUCGAGCUCGUAGCACAAGCUUAAAUGAAAGACCAUUCAAAAGCUUGCGAGCCGCAAAGUCCCUAAAGCCAGGCUUCACUAGUUCCCAAAUUAAAGAUAUGAGAGACCUGUCGGCAGUCGCGGCCUUCCGGUCCCGCAGCAUCAGUGUUUCAGAACAUGCCAUCCGAAGAAUGCAAACCUCUAUUACGAGUUCUAGCUUGGGAUCAGCAGAUGAGAGUUCACUUGCAGAAGCAGAAGACAGUCUAAAGACCGUCCACCUUGAACUUACAGAAACAUGCUUGGAUAUGAUGGCUCGAUAUGUUUUCUCUAACUUCUCUGCUCUGCCCAAGAGGUCCCCUGUUGCAGAGUUUCUCCUUGGUGCAGGAAGGAGUAACACAUGGCUAGUUGGGAACAAGCUAGUCACGGUGACUACCAGCAGUGGUGUGGGGACGAGAGCACUAAUGGGUCUUGAUUCCUUGGACCAGAAGAGCACUGAAGAGGCUUCCAGGAUGGAUUCAUCUCUGCAAGUGAAGACCACCCAGGAAGCACCUGCCAAGCUGGAAUCUCAAACCAGUCAGCAGAUCGGAAAGGCGGCCCGCCUGCGAGUGAGAUCCAUAUCAGGUGGGCAUGCUCUUCAUAGUGAAUCAGUUCAGAAUUUAAGUCCCUUGGUAUCACCCUCGGACAGCGAGGUCCGUGUUCCCUCUGCAACUCCAGCUCAGAAAGGAUUGGACAACCGCAAAACAUUGCAUCAGGAUGCACCCCCAUCUCGCGACCAGCUGCCCUCCCAGAAGGAAAAAGCCAAUCUGGCUGAAUAUGCAUCUGUGCUGACUCAAGGAUGGGCUGAAAUAUACAUCCGUCGACCCUCGGGUAAUGCAAGCUGGCUUCUGUGUCUGGAGAAUCCACCAAGCCCGUUUUCCUCUGAGAUAAACAACAUUCCCUUGCAGGAGUUGUCCACGAUGCUGAUGGCAGUGGAGAGAGUGACUGAUCCAUACCAGCAAGCACCCAGUCGAUCAGAAUCUAUGCCGUACCACAGCCUCACAUCAAAACCACCUUUGCUUCAGCGUUUCAACACAGUGGCUUCUUUCUCUUCUAUGUGCCAGACAAGCUGUCAAGAAAAGUUGCACAGGAGCAUUUCCUGGGCAGAUUCAGUGGCAGUGGCGGAGGAAGGUGAUGGAAUGGGAAUGCACUUGAAAGCCUGUGAUUCUCCUGUGGAGUCUCACGAACUGGACGACUUUGAGGCAAUGGUUUCAGAACCGAUCUUCAUGCCUACGGAGAGCCAGGAAGGAAUUCAAACGUCGUAUAGCAGAUCAUCAUCGACAUCUAGUCAAGAGGAAGAAAAGACUCCCCAGCCAGAGGAAAGUGGAAUAAUUGGUAUUUCAUCUGAAAAGGUUGUACCAUCUUCUUUGGCUAUUGAUUCAUUGGAGGAAGAAUUUGAUUUCAACCAUGCUCAAACUCUCAACAAGUCCAGCUCCUCUCCAGAGCUUCAGAACCUCCCAGAAAUAGGUGAACUGAAUGUGAAGGAGGGAAUGGCUGUGGAACCUGCCACUGAAGUGAAGUCCAGGGGCCACGCUGAAAGUAUUGAAGAGGAAAGCUCUUCCAAUGGUAAACUGGAGACUAGUGAUGGUAGCAAGCAGGAGGCUCUGCCUCCAGCGGAACGGAAGGAACCACCUCAGUCACCAAGCCGUUACAGACCCAGGGGCCACACCAUCUCAGAUUCUGCCCCGUCAAGGAGGGGGCGGAGAGCACAGCGGGAUGGGGUCCACAAGAGAUCAGCGGCCACUAAUGCAGAGAAAAUUAGUGGGAUAAGCCCAAGUUUUGUGUUUCUUCAACUCUACCAUUCGCCUUUCUUUGGUAGUGAGUCAAACAAGCCUCUUCUGGUUCCCAACAAUGAGAUCACAGAACGAGCCAUUAAAGUCCUUGAUCAGAUGCCACCAUACGAUACACACAAAAUUGGAGUUGUGUAUGUUGGGGAAGGACAGACUAAUAAUGAAGCUGAAAUCCUGUCCAAUGCAUAUGGAUCAUCCAGGUAUGCACAGUUCCUGACUGGCCUUGGUAAACUAAUCUAUCUCCAAGACUGCAACCCAGAACAAAUUUUCCUUGGUGGCUUGGACACAUAUGGUGAUGAUGGGCAGUUUACAUACUGUUGGCAUGACGACAUCAUGCAAGCAAUCUUUCACAUUGCGACUCUGAUGCCAAACAGAGAAUCCGAUCCAGCCUGUUGCGACAAGAAACGGCACAUAGGCAAUGACUAUGUGGUGGUUGUAUACAAGGACACAGAAGAAGAAUACAAACUGGGAACAAUAAAGGGUCAGUUUAACUUUGUGGAAGUAAUUAUUAAACCUCUGGACUUCGAAAGCAACCUGGUAACCCUGCAAGCACGUAAAGACAUGGAGGGUCUGGUUGACACAAGUGUGGCUCGGAUUGUGUCGGACAAGAAUCUACCUCUGUUGGUGCGUCAGAUGGCAUUGCAUGCAAAUAUGGCUUCACUUGUACAUCACAAAAGUGCCGUUCCUUCAGAGGCGUAUGCAAGCAAGUGGCUAGCAAGACUACGGCAGAUCAAACGGCUUCGAUCCAAGGUGUGUGAAGAUCUGCAGUAUCGCCAGAGCGCUGGAAUCUCCUUGAUCCAGAUGCACGCCGCCGGCCAAAGUAAGAGUUCUCACCACCACCCCCACCAUCAUCAUCACCAGCCACAACAGCAGCAUCUCCCCCACCACCAUUACCAACCGCAGCACGCGCCGCCUCCGCCUGCUGGCGCUGAAAUUGGCCAGCGGAAGAGGCUGAUGUCCACCGUGGAUGACUUCACAGACUUUGUUUAAAGCAGCCCCCUCGCCGUUCUCGCGCCCUGUCUGAAGUGUGCAAUACCUCUGCCAUACUGUGAUAGAAGCCAGACGGUGCUUAGUUUACCGUGGGAUGGGAUUUGACUUGCACUGCACUGUUUUGUGAAGAAGAAAAGCUGCUCCUCCUGCCCUCUUCAGAGAGAGCACCCUGGUUUGACGCCAGUCCGCUUGAAGAAUGAACGUGCAGGUGGUUAUGGACUGAGCCACCUCUCUCCCCCGCCCCCCCCCUUGCACUGCCCCGGAAUGACACCAGUGGACUGGCGUAUUGAGCAAGUGACCAUUUAGUUGCCCUUGUGUUGAGGAAUGAUUGGAACAGCCUUUCCACAUGGAUGUGGUGUUGGGGACAAGGGCACAAGUUCCAUACUGAUCUGGUAAUAACUCUAUUUUGUGCAAUUACUUUGUAAAGGAAGGUGUGUUGUUAAUCUUCACACAGUUUUUAAACACAGGUGUGUGUUGAAAUGCUGUAAUUAUGUCUCCAGUAAAAGUGAAUAAAUUUCGUUUGAAAAGCUUUCCUCAGUUUCUC